AUGAAGAAAGCCGGUCGAGAAGCUGCCAAGGCGAUGGAUGAGCUGGAGAAGCGACGUGGAGAAAGGGAGGAAGCUGGGGAGAGGCGGAGGAGAGCCGAGGAGAAGCUGGCUCAGUGCAAUGCAAGCUGGAAGCUCUUCAAGGGGAAGUUGGGAUGGUAA